AGAAGCUCAACAGAAAAACAGCAUAGUGAAGAUGGUGUGGGAUGGAGGAAUUGAGCCCAAUGGCACAGAGGGAAAGAACUUCUACAUCCCCAUGUCCAACAGGACUGGGAUUGUUAGAAAUCCUUUUGAAUAUCCACAGUAUUAUAUGGUGGAUCCAAUGAUCUACAAGCUCCUGGCUUUCUACAUGUUCUUCCUGAUCUGCACUGGGACUCCCAUCAACACUCUGACAUUGCUGGUAACAUUCCAAAACAAGAAGCUCCAGCAACCUCUCAACUACAUUCUGGUCAACCUGGCCGUGGCUGGACUCAUCAUGUGCGCCUUCGGAUUCACCAUCACCAUCACAUCUGCUUUGAAUGGCUACUUCAUUCUUGGACCAACUUUCUGCGCCAUUGAGGGGUUCAUGGCUACACUUGGAGGUGAAGUUGCUCUAUGGUCACUGGUAGUCCUGGCUAUCGAAAGAUACAUUGUUGUCUGCAAACCCAUGGGAAGCUUCAAGUUCAGUGGUGCUCAUGCAGGGGCUGGAGUUCUUUUUACUUGGAUCAUGGCUUUCUCAUGUGCUGGACCCCCAUUGUUUGGCUGGUCUAGGUACCUUCCUGAGGGCAUGCAGUGCUCCUGUGGACCUGACUACUACACUCUUGCUCCAGGCUUCAACAAUGAAUCAUAUGUCAUCUACAUGUUUGUAGUUCACUUCUUUGUUCCUGUGUUCGUCAUUUCCUUUACAUAUGGAAGCCUUGUGCUGACUGUCAAAGCUGCUGCAGCUCAGCAGCAGGAGUCAGAAUCUACCCAGAAGGCUGAGAGGGAAGUCACACGUAUGUGCAUCUUGAUGGUGUUUGGCUUCCUGGUAGCUUGGACACCAUAUGCAACUUUCAGCGGCUGGAUCUUCAUGAACAAGGGAGCUUCCUUCACCGCUCUGACAGCAGCUAUUCCUGCCUUCUUUGCAAAGAGCUCAGCAUUGUACAACCCUGUCAUCUAUGUGCUAUUUAACAAACAGUUCCGUAACUGCAUCCUGAGCACUAUUGGAAUGGGCGGCAUGGUUGAGGAUGAGACCUCAGUUUCCACAAGCAAGACAGAAGUGUCUUCUGUCUCUUAAAUACAGAGACAUUUUCUCAUACCUGGACAUUUUACUUUCUACUAUCUUUUUGAUCUGGAAUAACCCUCAACAUGGACUGAGUGAAGUUCAGGGACAUCUGAACUACUUUAAUAGUAAUGAACAGCUCCAGGAUGGAAGUCAUCUCAUCUUUUUAAAGGAUGUUGGAAAUGAUUGGUUGACCCGAAUUCAAAUCAAUGCAAAUAGUUGUUUCGAUGUAUGUGGAUGCUCACUUUGACUUCACAUGCUAUCAGAGACACAGUUUCCCCUAAAAUGAUUCAGCUAUUUGGAAACAUUGAAGUACAAACAUCCUUAAACAACAUAUGGUUUAACAGCCACAAUGUUUCCUUUUUUACGACAUUGCAAGGAGCAUAUUUUGUACUGAUUUCAAAAUAAGUAACUAUGU